AUGAUGAUUUCUGUUCCAAAAGCAGCAGAUGAUCGUAAGCGAUCAGAACGUGGUAAAUGGUGGCUUGAAUUUAUUGGUUUUUGGCUUCUUGGUCUUUGCAAUAAUUUUGGUUAUGUCGUGAUGUUAAGUGCUGCUCAUGAUAUUUUGAAACAAGAAGAGAAUGAUAAUUCGACUCAACCAGUGUCACAUAAUACAACAAAUCAAUUUAAUUGUAAUCCCAUCUCAACAGGAGCUAUUCUACUAGCGGAUAUAUUGCCAGCACUAAUUAUUAAAGUAACAGCUCCAUUUUUUAUGCAUAGAAUCAUAUAUAAUAUUCGUUUUGUUUUGAUUGUAUUAUUUGCUGCUAGUGCUUUGAUCAUUGUUGGUACUUCAAAAAUAGUUGCUUUGAGUUUAUUUGGUGUUGUGUGUGCAAGUAUUAGUGCAGGUUUUGGUGAAAUUACAAUGUUACAAUUAACAUCUUUCUAUGCAAAAUAUACAGUCAGUGCAUGGUCAAGUGGUACAGGUGCUGCCGGUUUACUUGGUGCUCUUUCAUACGCAGGACUAACAAGUCUACUUAAAUUAAAUCCCAGAACUGCUAUUCUUAUUUUACUUUUCAUACCUGUGCUUCAAGUUAUCAGUUAUAUAAUGGUCGGAGCUAGUCAAGCUGCUGCAAAACAUCGUCAAUAUCAACAAAUAAGUGAACAUAUUACUACAGAUGCUGAUACAGACAAUGAAGCUAGUGAAAAGAUAAUAAAUGAAAAGGCAACAUCGAAAACAUUCAGAGAACGACUUAAACUAGUUAAACCAUUGCUCAAGUAUAUGAUUCCAUUGACAAUUGUUUAUUUUGCAGAAUAUUUAAUCAAUCAAGGACUGCUUACUAAUAUGGGCAUAUUUUUUGCUUGUGUCUACCGUACGGCUCAUAUACCAAGUAUAUGGUUAGUUUUCGGUUUAGUCAUAUUUGAAGGUUUAAUUGGUGGUGGAGCUUACGUCAAUACAUUUUACAAGAUAUCAACUGAAAUACGUGAACCUGAUCGUGAAUUUUCAAUGGGUGUUGCAUCUAUUGGUGAUUCAUUUGGAAUUACAUUUGCCGGUUUAUUAGCAAUUCCACUUCAUAAUGCAAUAUGUCGAUAA